AUUUUUUAAUAUUUUCUUUUUCUUUUCUUUGAAAUUCAAAAAAAAAAAUAAAAAGGAAAAAGGGAAAUGGGAAAAGCCUCUGAUCGGCUACACUUCAUGUAUUACCUUCUUACGAAUGGUUUUGACUGGAGCAAGCUGCGACUAGUGGUUUGUUUUCUACCAACAGGACCUUAUUAGUUUCACCACUGGCCAUCCACUACUAAAGAAAUCAAAACCCCGCGCUGUCCACCGAUCCUCAAACAUCCACGAAGAAGCUUCUCCCCACGAAUGUGUCUGUCAUAUUAAAUUCCCUUAUUAAACCCAGAUCGUCGUCCGACACUAUCCCAUUUCUUCGUCCUUAGGUCCCUCAGACCCCUGUCAUUUUUCGUUUUUACUUUUACAUUUAUUUUUUUUUUUUAUUUUUUUUUCCCCUUUUCUUUACCACGAUAAUACUAUUCUCGAUCAUUGAUCUCGUCCAUCCUCCUUAACAAGGGAAAUAAGUAUUUCCCAUCCCAUCAUCUCCUUCUACUUUACAUAUCGCAUAUACCUCAGGCACGUGUAUGCACCGUUGUCGUAAGAGACGUCAGAAGAAGGUCUGAGCCCUCUCUGUUUAUUUUUCCUUUAUAUAUAUUUUCCAUUAUUGUUAUUUUGCAUUUUUAUGAAUGCAAGAAAAAAAGCCCUUCCCUUUUUUUUCUUUUUUGACUCGCUUUGUUAUUUAUUAUUUCUUUAUUUUCUAUUAUUAUUGUCUACGCCCUUUUUACAACAUAGAGUUAUUAAUUACCCACCUUUACAUAUCCCCUCCCCUCCGCGGAUCUUCCAUCACUUUUCUUUCAACCCUUCUGGUUGAAAGUAGUAACUCUCGACCAUUGAUUGGAGUUAGCUCCCUUCAAAGGCCCUCAGUCUUGAGUGGAAUCAUUUCCCGACUUAACUCCCUACAAUCAUUCGUUCUCGUACCGACCCUUGUGACACUCAUGAGGGGACAGACUUACCGAUGUAAAGUCUGUUGGAUCCUCACGUUGUUGAUUAGGUCGUGGUCAUCGUCGACGAUCCUCCGCGCUGGUCCGGUCCAAAUUCUCCCUGGAGCAUAAGGCGCAGCAGGGGAGAUAGGAACCUUACCUGGAAGAUGCUUCUUUGCCUUACAUCGAAUUAUUUGUGAAUCUG